AUGGCCACUGAGUGCAUUGGCACCUGCAUGGAGACGUGCCUGGGCCUUGAUUUCUGCCAGCAUGACGCCAACUCCAUAGGUAAACAGAAGGCGCACGCAAAUGCCGGUGUGGACUUGCGGCGCCGUACAGGAGAUCGGACAGGGACUGUCUGGGCUGGUUCAGCUGGAGGCCCCUAUGUGAAUCCCUUCUCUCGCCCGGACAAGAAGCAGCUGGCAGUGCUGGCAGGCCUGGACGCUCCCAAUCUCACGGAGCUCAAUGUGGCCAGCAACCGCAUCUCCUCCAUCGAGCACGUCGUGGAUCGCAUGCCUCGGUUGCAGUCACUGAAUCUCGCCGACAACCGGCUCUACUCUUACCGCGAGGUGAUCAGCCUCUCGAAGCUGGAUGCCUUGCACACGCUGAGCUUCGCCGACCCGGACUUCGGCGAGAACCCCAUCUGCUUCCUGUGCAACUACUCGACCUACGUGCUUUACCACCUUCCGAAGCUCCAGGAUGGGGGAAAGAUGGGCACAGUAUUCCUGGCAGUCAUCCCGGGUUCCUGA